UUUUUAUUCAAAGUUACAAUGUGUGGCAGCACAGCUAAUUUGCAUUGCUAUUAAAUUGCACAAAUAAAUACAUUUAGUAAAGUGUCAGGAAAUUACACUUAAGUUACGAUUUAUUCAAGCUGCACUGGAUGUUCUAAUGGGUUUUUCUAAGUUUGUAAUAAUAUUCGAUGAAAUCUGUCUUCUACAAAAGAUCUGGACUGCCGCAUAAUUGCAAUUACGACCAGCGGCAAUGGCACUCUUCACCAAAGCUAAUGGUGUGAGAGCUAUGCUGUGUCUGGUCGGGAUAUGGGUUUUGUUUAGCGCGUUCCUGAGCUAUGUAGAUAAUAAAUCUACAAGUUACUCUACGUUUAGUAGACUUAGCAUUCGGCAUAUGCAUAAUUAUGCCAAAUGGAUUACAAUUGCCAAUAAAUCUUUAAGUGGCAAUAACUCUGAAGAACAUGAUACUUUAAAAUCAAGUAACCGACAAGUACUUCCUUUUGUUUCCGAAGCUACGAGGCCUAUUUUAUUAUUGGACUCACAAAAUAUUUCCAGCGAAUAUAACCAUUCGAAUAAUACAAUACUCCACCCACUGCACUCAAUUAAACAAGAAAACGCUGCUACAUUGAGAGUAAGAUGUAAAGAACCACAAUAUGAUGAAAAUGAAGGGCCAAUAACACCAAAUACAACACUUGAAUCAUUAGACAUUGUGGAAGCUGAACUAGGCCCACUAUUAAAGCCAGGUGGAGCAUUUGUGCCGCAUGAUUGUAUUCCAAAAGAACACAUUGCAAUAGUUGUACCAUUUCGGGAUCGCUAUGCCCAUUUAACCGUGUUUCUGCGAAACAUUCAUCCAUUUUUAAUGAAGCAGCAUAUUGCCUACAGAAUAUUUAUCAUUGAACAAACCAAUGGGAAAGCAUUUAAUCGGGCUGCGUUAAUGAAUAUUGGUUUUUUAGAAGCCUUAAAAAUAUUUCCAUGGGAUUGUUUUAUCUUCCAUGAUGUUGACCUGUUACCUCUGGAUAAUCGAAACUUAUAUACAUGUCCGCGGCAACCGCGCCACAUGUCAGUCUCUAUAGAUACAUUAAACUUCAAGUUGCCUUAUCGUUCAAUUUUUGGAGGAGUUUCCGCCAUGACUCGUGAACACUUUCAGCUAGUGAAUGGCUUUUCGAAUUCGUACUUUGGUUGGGGUGGUGAAGACGACGAUAUGUCGAAUAGAUUAAAGCAUGCUAAUUUAUUCAUAUCAAGAUAUCCUGUUAAUAUAGCACGUUAUAUGAUGCUGAAACAUCCCAAAGAAAAGGCCAAUCCAAAAAGAUAUGAGAAUCUCGUAAAUGGAAUCAGCAAGAUGGAAAUGGACGGCAUAAAUUCCAUAAAAUAUAAUAUCUAUAGCAUAAAAGAAUUUCCAACUUUUACUUGGUAUCUAGCAGAAUUAAAAAUCUUCGAUCAAACAAGUUAAUACUUAUAGUAAUAGAUAACGAAAAUAGUGAUUCCUUAAUUAUUUAAUUAGUUUAAGAAAAAGUUAACAUUAUAUACUUGUUUACUCUAAUUGCUCUACUCAUAUUUAAAAGUAAUUUAUUACAAUUAUUACUGAAACACACUAAUAAAAUGAAUAUAUACCAUUUUCUAAGUUUUA